GAUUUGUAGUAGGAAAUCCCUGUUUUGCCCCCGGAGAUUAUCCCAUGUGAAUUGCAUGUGCCUCCAAGGCCUCAAUCAUCAGAGCUGAAGUCCAAAAACAGACAGACAAAAAAAAAUGAACAGUCACCACAUAAUUAAUUUGAUAAGCUUUCAACGCUGAUGAAGCAGAGAACUAUAUGUAAGCUCCACAAAUUGUUUCCAGGGCUGCCAAAAAACAAAUAAUAAUAAAAUAAAAAUCAUAAACCAAUGGCUGUUGGUAUAGCAAUUAGUAAAACUGAAGAAGGUGUGCAGUAUAAUGGCAAGAUUACAUGGCUUGUUUUGCUGUCUUCUAUAGUUGCUGCUACUGGAGGACUAAUCUUUGGCUAUGAUACUGGUGUUACAGGUGGAGUGACAUCAAUGGAGCCAUUCUUGAAGGAAUUCUUCCCAGGUGUUUACAGAAAGAUGAAACGAGAUUCGGAUAUAAGCAACUACUGCAAAUUCGACAGCCAAUUGCUCACAACUUUUACCUCCUCACUCUACAUUGCCGGACUAAUAGCCUCCUUCUUCGCUUCGCCGGUCACUCGUGCAUUGGGCCGCCGGGCAUCCAUCCUUAUUGGCGGCGUUUCGUUUAUUGGCGGUGCCGCCCUUGGCGGCACAGCGCGAAACAUUUACAUGCUUAUUGUGGGCAGGAUUUUACUAGGAAUUGGCGUUGGUUUCACUAACCAGUCAGUUCCAUUGUACCUGUCGGAGAUGGCGCCGCCGAAGUACAGAGGAGCUUUCAACAUAGGUUUCCAGUUAUGCGUCAGCAUCGGAGGUUUAUCAGCUUUUCUAAUCAACUACGGCACGGAGAAGAUAGCAGGGGGGUGGGGGUGGCGGAUCUCACUGUCGAUGGCGGCGGUUCCUGCUUCAAUCCUGACCGUCGGUGGAAUAUUCCUUCCGGAAACACCAAACAGUCUCAUCCAGCACGGCCACGACAUACAAACAGCUAAAACUAUGCUGAAGAGGAUCCGGGGAACUGAUGACGUGGAAGCGGAGUUCACGGAUCUACUAACGGCGAGCGAAGCUUCUAGAAAGGUCGAGCGCCCCUUCCGGAAGAUUCUAGAAAGGAAGUACCGGCCGCAGCUUGUGAUGUCGAUUGCGAUUCCGUUCUUCCAGCAAGUCACCGGAAUUAACGUGAUCGCGUUCUACGCUCCGAUUCUGUUCCGUACGAUCGGAUCUGGCGUCAGCGAUUCGCUUUUGUCUUCCGUAAUCAUCGCUGUGGUUGGCACGAUUACGACGGUUUUGUCGAUGGCGAUCGUGGAUAAAUUAGGGCGGAGGGCUCUGUUCCACAUCGGCGGCGUUCUGAUGUUCGUACCGCAGGUGAUGAUCGGCGGAGUAAUGGCGGCGAAAUUGGGGGAUCGCGGCGGGUUGAGCGAGGGCUACAGUGUGUUAGUCCUGAUUUUGAUUUGCGUGUACGUGGCUGGAUUUAGUGUGUCGUGGGGCCCGCUGGGGUGGCUGGUGACGAGUGAGAUAUUUCCGCUGGAGAUUAGGUCGGCGGCGCAGAGUAUAAACGUGGCGGUGGGGUUUUUCUUCAUCUUCGCAGUUGCGCAGACGUUUCUGGCGAUGCUGUGCCGUAUGAAGGCGGCGAUUUUCUUCUUCUUCGCGGCGUGGGUGGCGGUGAUGAGUGGCUUCGUCUAUGUGCUGCUGCCGGAGACGAAGGAUAUUCCGAUCGAGAAAAUGGAUGCUAUCUGGAGAAAACACUGGUUCUGGAAGAGAUACGUUAAUGGUGGUGAAAAUGAAUGCGAGGGGAUUAAGAUUGAGAUGAAGAAGACGAUGACCUCUUCGUAAUACUGAUCAGAUUAAUUAGUAUUUGUAUUAUGAUUAAUUAAAUUAGUUGACCACUGUUAAAUAUGUUAAUCAUGUUUAAAUAAUUACUAUUUAGUCUCCCA